AUGACGACCUACGAAGAUCAAGCGACUACUACGCAGUACGCACAGUAUGCUAUUGAUCCAACUGAUCCAUCACUCUCACAAACCAACGGUGUUGCUGAGCAAGCACAAAUCGAAGAAGGCACUAAUUCCGAAUCUCUGCCACAACAAUCCGAUCUAGAACGUUACUGGGAUAUUGUCAGGUCUAAUCCUGAUGAUUUCACAUCAUGGGAAUAUUUGAUUCGCGUUGCUGAAACUGCGGAAGGCGGCCUCACAGCGCAGUCACCUCCAGAAAAUAUAACAAAUAUGCGUGACGUUUUUGAUCAAUUCUUAGCAAAAUUCCCUUUAUGUUUUGGUUAUUGGAAGAAAUAUGCAGAUUUCGAAUUUAACAUUCAGGGGCCGACAGAGGCUGAAAAAAUCUAUGAACGUGGUGUAGCUGCCAUAGCGAAUUCAGUUGAUCUUUGGACGCAAUAUUGCGCAUUUAAAAUCGAACACUAUCCGGACGAUGUGGAGGCCAUUCGAGGGUUAUUUGAACGCGGUGCUGCAUAUGUUGGCCUUGACUUCCUUUCCCACUUGUUUUGGGACAAAUAUAUAGAGUUUGAGAAAUCAAAGCAGGCAUAUGAUCGGGUUCUAAAAAUCUUGGACAGAAUUAUACGCAUUCCAAUGCAUCAAUAUGCUAGAUUCUUUGAUGAAUUUACAAAUUUGUGUGGAACGCGGCCAAUAGCAGAACUCAUCACACCUGAACAAUAUCGACAAUUUGAGGAGGAAGCGCGAACAGCUCCUCCUGUUCCACCUGAAGGGACGGAGGGUGAGCAACCCCCUCCUCCUACAGAAAAAACAGAAGAACAGAUUCAAAAUGACAUAAGAACACGAAUUUACAAUAUGAAUAUUGAGACAUAUAUGAAAACGCAAAACGAAACCAAUAAACGUUGGGUCUUUGAACAGGAGAUUAAGAGACCUUACUUUCAUGUAAAAGCUAUGGAUGAUGUUCAGUUGAUUAAUUGGAGAAGAUACCUUGACUUUGAGGAAAGUGAGGGAGAUGAUACUCGCAUUCAAGUGUUAUAUGAGAGAUGUCUCGUAGCCUGUGCUUUAUAUGAAGAAUUUUGGCAAAGAUAUGCUCGUUGGAUGAUAUCUAAAAAUAGACUCGAUGAUGCACGUAAUAUAUAUGUAAGGGCUACUUCCGUGUUCAUUCCAAUCAGUCGCCCAAGUAUUCGCUUGUCCUUUGCUUGCUUUGAAGAGCAACAGGGAAAUAUUGACGAAUCCAGGGCUAUAUAUAAAAUGGUCUUGGAUGCUUUGCCGGGCCAUGUUGAGGCAAUAAUGAAAUACGCACAUUUUGAAAGACGUCGGUAUCUUGAUGAUUUGUCGGUUCCCAUUAACAUUCUAACAUCUUCGCUCCAGGGAAAUAAUCUCGAUGACAAAUCUAAAGCUUUUAUUACAGUACAACAUGCUAAUAUGCUAUGGCGUAAUAAAGGUUCAAUAGAAGAAGCACGUCAGAUUUAUCAAGAAAACUCAACGAAAUAUCUUGAUAGCAAAUAUUUUUGGUUGAACUAUUUUAAUUUCGAAUUAUCUCAAAUCGGCUCCACAGUAGAAGCUAACUUGAAAGCGGUUUAUGAUCUGAUUCGCAAUACAUCUACGCUUUUACCAGAAACGAUAAGGGAUUUUUCGCAUAGAUAUCUUGAUUUUCUUAUGGAACGUGGUUCAACUAUAGCUGUUUACAAUAAGAUCGAUGUCGAAGCUAACGGCCCCAUCACUGUACGUCCGGUCUUGGACACCAAAAAACGUGGAGCUGAUGAAGAGCCAGAAAAACUUUCAAAGCAGGUCAGAAUGGAUGGCGUUGUUGAUGCAGCAGCAGGAACACCUGUAAUUCCAGUGACACCGUAUACUACGACUACUGGUGUGCAACCACCAUAUUAUUCUCAAGGCCAAUGGAGUGCAUCAGGAUAUUCUGUUUACCCCACAGCUAAUGCUGCUCAGUCGGCAUCAUAUCAAUACCCUUAUCAGUAUCCUCAACAAGCUGCGACUACGCCUACCACUCCCGCACAGGCCCCUGUGACUACGUGGGACUACGCACAGCCAAGUACUACAGGAUAUUAG